AUGGAAGAUGUUUUGGCUGAAAAAUUGUCAAGAGUUUGCAAGUUCGAUUUGCCAUUCAUCCCUUGUAGCAUUCCCUUCGAAUGCCAUCCUGAUUUUACUAGGAUAUCCAAAGAUACUGAUGCAUGGGCUCUUAGAAUGUUGAGUAUCACUGAUCCAUAUGAGAGAAAGAAAGCUCUUCAGGGAAGACAUAGCUUGUAUAGCCCAAUGAUUAUUCCAAGAGGGGAGAGCAGCAAAGCGGAGCUUUCAUCAAAGCAUACAUGGACUAUGUUUGUUUUAGAUGACAUUGCCGAGAAUUUUAGUGAGCAAGAGGGAAAAAAAGCUAUUGAUAUUCUUCUUGAAGUCGCUGAGGGAAGCUAUUUCUUAAGUGAAAAAGAGAAGGAGAAGCAUCCUAGCCACGCCAUGUUUGAGGAAGUGAUGUCACAACUAUCUCUGUGUCAUCUUUUGCCACAGCCCGGAUAA